CUGCCAGUGCUGCUCACUUUCAAUGGACGAGAAAAGGAUCCUCUCCCACAUGAACAAGGACCACAAGUUGGCCAUCGAAGACUACCUCUCUGUCUACGGUGGCAUCAAGGUCGACUCCCAUCUCUCCAACAUUCGCAUGACAAACAUCGACUUGACCUCCAUCACCAUCACCUUCAACCACACUGACUUGGGAGAUCAAGACAUUGUCAAGCCUAUCCAGUUCGAUGCUCCCUUGACAAGCUUGUCUGAAUCCAGAUUCAAGCUCAUUGAAAUGGCAAAGUAUGCUGCCCAAAAAAGAAAUGUUUCCCACUUUCAAAUUCAAGAUAUCGUCUACCCUUCUUCUAUCCCAGAAUUCACUUUGUUGAGCUUGUUCUUUUUGUUGAUCUUUUCGUAUUUUAGAAAAGAUUUAAUCUAUGACUCUCUUUUCAAAAAUUACUUGAACAUUCCUCCAAACAUUGUUCUUUUCUUGAAGAACAAUGUUCAUUAUACUAUAUUCAUCACCAUUCUAGGUCAUUUAUCCGAAUUCUAUCUAAUUUUACUACCAAAAUUAAGAUUCUAUAGAGUUCCCUUUGAUUUCAAAAUUGAAUGGUUCUUUUUCACUUUCUUGGAGGGCUAUUUGGCAAUUAGAAGAUUUAACAAGUUGGUUCAAAAGUAUUCCUCCCAUUAACAUGCCUUUCAAUACAUAUGUAUAUAUAUACAGGAUUAAAUAAAUAUUCAUUU